UGCGCAUUCGGCCGAACCUUGUAUUUACAGUCCUCUACGUGAGAGGAGCGGCCGCCCUUCCUACCGAGAGGAAACUCACGCUGACGUAAAGAACCCGGAGCUUUAAUUAAGAGCCGUAACGCCGCCGUUUUACUGAAAGUCGGCGUCCUCUCGCACCUUCCUGUCACUGAAAUUAUCCGCGUUCCCGACGGCUCGUUUGACGGCAGAGCGCGGCUGCAGAGAGUGACGGACGAGGGGAAAAUAAGGGGUGUGUGUAACCUGGAUUUGAACUUUCCAUCUAUAGACGCUCUCCUGCUCUUUCUUCUGCGCAGGCAUGGCUGAUCUGCUGAGGCUGCUGCUCCGGGUGGCUGAGAAAGCUGCGAACGUGGCCCGGGUGUGCAGGCAGGAAGCUCCCCUCUUUCAGCUGCUGGUUCAAGAGAAGACCGGGGACGACAAGAACAAGAAGUUCGUCCAGGACUUCAAGACGCUCGCCGACGUGGUGAUUCAAGAGAUGAUCCGGCACGACGUUGGCGUCCAGUUUCCUGAAAUGGCCGGCUUCAUUCACGGAGAGGAGUCGAACAAGUUUGAAAAUGGGCUCGGAGAGAGCGUGAUCGUCACCGUGUGCUCCACGGAGGAGGAGACCGCCGCUCUGCUGGCCUCGGUGCUGGACGGUGACCGCACGGCGGCGUCUCUGCUGGCCGGAGCCAUCCACCGAGACCCGGCGUCCAUCCAGUCCAACACGGACGGACUGUCGGUCCCCCUGAGCCCGUCUGAGCUCGGCAUCUGGAUCGACCCCAUAGACGCCACUAGCCAAUACAUUGAGGGUCGAGAGGAGGUGCUGGAGGAGGGCCACCUGUCACCGUCGGGUCUCCACUGCGCCCUGGUUCUGAUCGGGGUUUAUCUCCGCAGCACAGGCGAGCCCGUCAUGGGCGUCAUCAACCAGCCUUUCAACCACAAAGACCCAGCAGGUGGAGGCUGGAAAGGCAAACAUUUCUGGGGCGUCUCCUACGGCGGCACCAACAUCUGCUCGAUUUCGCCGCCGAAAGGUGGAGCUGAAGGACAGCGAGGACUGUCGGUGGUCCUGAGCUCCAGCGAGAAGCAGGUGGUGAAGGAGGCCCUGACCUCGCUGUGCGGCGCCGACAAGCUGGUGUACGCCUCCGGAGCCGGCUACAAGAUCCUGUGUGUCAUUCUGGGCCUGACUGACGUUUACGUGCUCUCGGAGGGAAGCACCUUCAAGUGGGACUCCUGCGCUCCCCACGCCCUGCUCCGAGCUCUCGGGGGCGGGGUGGCGGACCUGACAAGGACUCUCCAGUCCACCUGUGGAGCGCAGGAUCGCCGGACCGAACUGACCUACCACCAGCCCGCCACCGAGUGCAAAGGAGCCGACCGCUGGGCCAACCGGGGCGGCCUGGUGGCCUAUCGAGACUCUUCCCAGCUCGGCAGUGUCCUCGGCGUGCUGAAAGGCAAGCUGUAGACACCAGAGGCUCAGUCUGAAGCUUUCAUCAUUGCUAUGCCAUCAUAAUCAUGUUUUCUAUUUUAGUGGACAAAGAGGAGCGGAAUACGUUAAUCCUGAUUACUAUUGUUUUAUUUUUAACCACAUGUAUGAACAAGUUUGCAGAUUGCAGCGUGAACAUUAGACGUGACCCACAUCACCACUGCAGGUAUUGUCUCGUGUUUAAGAGCUGUUUGUUUCUGCAUACCAGAUUUAUUAGCUAUGAAGAGGAGCACUUUGCAAGUUUAUCCAAAGCUCAGGUUUGUAGGAUUCAUUCCAAAUGCAAAUCAAGAUAUAAAUGUUUACGCAACAAAACAGAAGGCUGACGAGUCGACAGUAACUAGGGACCUAUUAUGCUGACAUUGAAGUAUAUUUUCAUAUUCUGGAGCGCCACUAGAAUAAAUUGCAUAUUUAAACCUUU